AGCCGGCGGCUGUGAGGCGCCGAGGCGUAGCAGCGCGGGCGGGCAAGGCACGCUCGGGCCGAGAGCGCGAGGGCUGCAGAGAGUCAGCAUGAUCCGCGGCGCCGCGGCGCCCAUGGCGGAGCCGCCGCCGGUCAUCUUCUGCCACGACUCCCCGAAGCGCGUCCUGGUGUCGGUCAUCAGGACCACGCCGGCAACGCCUCCGUGCAGCAGCGCGGGGGAGCCCGAGCCGCCGCCGCCGCUCGUCCCCACCAGCCCCGGCUUCAGCGACUUCAUGGUGUACCCGUGGCGCUGGGGUGAGAACGCGCAUAACGUGACGCUCAGCCCGGGGGCGGCGGGCGCUGUCGUUUCGGCCGCACUGCCCGCGGCGGCGGAGCUCCCGGCGCUGCGGGGUGCACCGCCGUCCGCCUCGGUGGCCGCCGCGUCGGGCGGGGAGGACGAGGAGGAGGCGAGCAGCCCGGACAGCGGCCACCUCAAGGAUGGAAUCCGACGUGGCAGGCCCAGAGCAGACACUGUCCGGGAUUUGAUAAAUGAAGGAGAGCACUCGUCCAGCAGGAUCCGUUGUAACAUAUGCAACAGGGUGUUUCCGAGGGAGAAGUCACUCCAGGCUCACAAAAGGACUCAUACAGGUGAAAGGCCUUAUCUGUGUGACUAUCCAGACUGUGGAAAAGCCUUUGUUCAAAGUGGACAGCUCAAAACACACCAACGUCUUCACACCGGAGAGAAGCCUUUUGUCUGUUCAGAAAAUGGCUGCCUAAGCAGAUUCACUCAUGCAAACCGCCACUGUCCGAAGCACCCUUAUGCCAGGCUGAAGAGAGAAGAGCCAACAGACACACUCAGCAAACAUCAGUCUGCUGACAACAAGGCUGCUGCCGAGUGGCUGGCAAGGUACUGGGAGAUGAAAGAGCAGCGCACCCCCACCUUGAAAGGCAAGCUAGUUCAGAAGGCUGAUCAAGAGCAGCAAGACCCUCUGGAGUACCUCCAGUCUGAUGAGGAAGAUGAUGGAAAGAGUGGCGCCCAGCGCCAGCUGCAGGAACAACGGGAGAGGCUGCAUGGGGCCCUGGCACUCAUUGAGCUGGCCAACCUGACAGGGGCGCCACUCCGCCAGUAGCCCCACACUGACUCUUCACUGUACAGAUGUACUGCCCAGCGCACUUACGAAGUAGACCCUUGGGCAUAAGCUAAGCACCUUAUUUGCUUAUCAUAGGCUGCUAUUCUGUAGGAACUUUUAUGAAGAAUGUUGUUGCCUCGAACGAGGUGAGAGAGAAUUGCACUUUUUUAUAUACGGAAAUGAAUUAGAUGUAAAGUUUAAAAUAUUUUGUAAAUAUGGACUGCAGUUACAGGGUAGAAGCUACAUGUUGUGGGAAGCUAGGUUUUGCAAGUUUAAUGCAUUCAUUGGAAGCAGUUCUCACAGGAAGCACUUUGUGAAUAAGACAUUUGUAUGAAAAAACAGAUUGGUACAAAUAGCCAAAGAAGGUUGAAAUAGAUUAUUUAUGAGAUCAUUUUUAACAGUGUAUGUUAGUAUGUGUGACAGUACUGUAAACACUGAAGCAAGGCAGUGUGAGACAUAUGUAUAAGAUACAUAUUUUUAAAUUGCAAAAUAGCUUGCCCAGUAAGGCUAGAGAAAUGGGGGCCAACUAUUUGGAAAGACGCUGUAAGUUACGGACUUGAGGAUCUUGGUAAGGUGGGUCGUAGUUGAGUGUUUAAAUUGUGUAACAUGAGUCUUAACCUGCCUUUGUGGGCUUUUUAACUCACUAAUACUGAUGUUUAGAAAGCACUCGUCACUCGGCUUAUUGACUGGGGACCUUUGCACAUUGCUCAGCUGCUGGACCUGAGUGAUUAAUCUUGCAAAGUCUAUGUAGCCUGGCAGCUGGUACACACGUGUACACCAGCGAGAUCUCUUGUGGGCCCUGUAAUGAGAUUGGCACUUGUGUUUGUAUUACUAAAAGGGACAUCUGCAGGGUUGUUUCGUAGUGAAAUGUUUAGGUCUUUUGAUAGUAAACACUAAAUUUUAAUUGUUCUGCUUGUUUGGCGUUAUUAGCGGAUGGAAGCCUCCAUAUUUAUAUUUUCAGUGCAUAUUGCCACCUUUCUGCUUCACUUCAGAAUAACAUGCCAAGCUAUUUUGUGUUCACUAAAUUUAGCUAUCAGUUAAACACUUGAGUAAAUAUUGGCUAUUCAAAUAUGCAGGCUUCUGAAAUAGUUUUAACUGCAAGUGUGUUGUUGGAUGGUUCAAAACCAUUUUCUCAAUAGAUGAAGUCAUUGAACAUGCAUUGUGUACUAAGGCAUGAAAUGAAACCCAAGGGGCCAAGCAGCCACCUCUUUUAUGGAGUCAGGAUUCUAUCACUUGAGCUUUUGUUAAAAGGUGAAUAAAAUUAUAUGCAGAGCAUGAUGAUUGAUAGACUCUUUAAUUGGAGACUUAUAGUAGUAGGAAAAAUGGCUCUUCAGUGUCUUUUUUUCUUUGAGUUGAGGUAGCACCCUAUAAGUUUAGAUGACACAUUAUUAACAAUGUAGGCUUUGUUUUAAAAAUCUCAGCAGUUGCAGUACACAUGUAGUUGAGUUGUGUGUAGCCUUGAAGAGGGGAGGUAAGGAAAUGUCUUGAGGAGCACCAGUGUGAAACUGAAGACCUGGUAGUUAAUAAUGUGCAUGCAACAUACUUUACAAAUGGGAUUUCCCUGUACAGUCAAUUACUUUAGGGACUUUUUGUAAUAAGAGGAUUUGUAAUAAGAAGAUUUAUAUUUGUAAUGGUCUUAAGAAUUUUAUCUGUAAUCUGGUAUGUGGAAUUUUAACUUGGAGCACUUAUAAAUACGGUAAGAGACCAUACAUAGCAUCUGAAUAUCUUUGGAUUGGGGUUCAACAUUUUCUCUAGAAUUUUUCCCCAGAUGAAUGGGAAUGUAUGAACCAAAAUGCAACACUCAUCAGUCUUGGAAAAUUUAAAAUCUGAUCAACUCACCUUAAGAAGCAGUACAAUUUGAAAAAUGCAAUUAGCCAAUUCACAGAUGAUAGAUUUAAGGCCUUCAAAAAUAAGGGCUUUUGUUUCUCUAGUUGACUUUUGUCGGCUAUUGUUAAUAUUCACAAGUAUUUUUCAUUUGUAUGACUGGAUAUUUUGAGAAAUUCUUCCAACUGCUUACCAUUGGCCAUGUUUUAAAGUUUUUUUUUUUUUUAAUUUUUUUACAUAAGCUAUGUACUUGGACAAAAUACAUUGGCAUCUAAAAUUUGAGGUGUGUUAUGACUGCUUUUUGUUUUAAAAAUGUGGUUACAUUCAGAUUUUUGAAGUGUUUUAUGCUUCAUAUGGCUAAGUUGUAGUUUGGCAGAGUUAACAGCAUAUUAAUAAACAUGCUGUAAUUUUAAAAGAUGCUUUGAAUAAAAUUUUAUUUUAAUUUAAA